GCGCAUAUUAGUGUUAUCUCGACCUUAUUGCUUGUUGUCUGCUUUUGCAUUCUCCAUAUAAAAAACGUGAACAAUUCCAGGUCGUGAGAUACCUACGCCGUGACGAUGAGUGCUUUAACGACGAUUUUAUUUUCGGUGAUGUUCGUCUUCUCUGUGAAAGGCGAUGACGUAUGCGGACCCUACGGUCGGGUGAACACUUGCGCCAGCAGGUGCGACCCGGUACCAUCGUGCAGCGUGCCCAACCCACCACCGACUCCUCCAGGAACCGUUUGUACCACUGAAUGCGUAGUGCGUUGCCAGUGCAAUCGCGGCGCUGUGGUCGACUCCACCGGAAAAUGCAUCCUUUUGUCCCAGUGUGCUUGAACGGUUUCCGUAAAAACCAAUUUAAAAUAUUCAAAAUGGCAUAAAUAAAGCAAUUCGUUCUGCGA